UUCGAGAUCCGUCCGCAAUGCUACUCAACAUGGCCAAAGACGAUCUUCGCGCUGCCAAAGAAUGCACACCUCUGAUUCAACGGAGUGGCGCUGAAGACCCGCCCCCACCACCGACGCUCGCCCACUCCUUGUACUUUGUCGCGACGGACAGCGCCAUCAACCUCCUUUUGCUCUGCAUGCCGUUUGCCAUUUACGCGUCUUACGCGCAGUGGAGCGACACUGUCGUGUUUGCUUUCAACUUUCUCAGCAUGAUUCCUCUGGCCAAGAUCAUCGGAGACGCCACAGAAGAAGUGGCAUUCCACACAGGUGACACCAUUGGCGGAUUGGUCAAUGCCACGUUCGGCAACGCCGUGGAAGUGAUCAUUGCAAUUUUCGCCCUCCGCGAGGGCCAGAUCGCCGUCGUCCAAGCAUCCUUGCUCGGAUCCAUCCUGUCCAACCUGCUCUUGGUCCUCGGGUGCUGCUUUGUGGCUGGAGGGGUGACCCAGAAAGUGUCCAAGUUCAACGAAACAGGUGCGUCGGCCAACUCGACGUUGCUCAUGGUGUCUGCAUUUGCCUUGCUCGUGCCGUCGUACUACCAGUACACGACCUACGACGACAAGCCUGCGACAAAGGCUGUCGUUCUCGGUCUGUCGCACAUCACCGCCGUGUUUCUGCUAUUGAUAUACAUUCAGCUGUUGUAUUUUCAAAUGAAAACCCACGUCCACCUCUUUGAGCCGGCCGAGGACAAUACCCACGGCACGGUCGACGAAGACGACAACGCAUGCAGUAUGACUCUGAGCAGCAGCAUCGUUGUGUUGGGUCUCGCGACGGUGCUGGUGGCUAUUCUAUCGGAAUACCUCGUUGCGUCCAUCGACGGGUUCGUUGCAUCCACCCACGUGAGCAAGUCCUUCGUGGGGAUCAUCAUCCUUCCCAUCGUGGGCAACGCCGUGGAGCAUUUGACCGCCGUCCGCGUCGCUCUCAAGCAAAAGAUGGAGCUGGCGAUGGGCGUCGCCGUCGGGUCGGCCACCCAGAUCUCGCUCUUUGUCGUCCCCGUGACCGUUUUGGCCGGGUGGGUGAUGGACCAGCCCAUGACACUAGCCUUCCCGACCUUUGAAGCCGUGACGUACGUGACGUCGGUCGUGAUUGUGUACGCCAUUAUCGUGGAUGGCAAGUCGCAUUGGCUCGAAGGCUCCAUGCUCCUCACCAUGUAUGGCCUCAUUGCCGUCUCACUUCUGUGGGUACACGUCUAA